AUGACGAACUCGACUUUGCUACUACCCCAGUACCACAAGUAUCUCAAUGGCGCACCAGUGCCGUUCAGCAGGCGCACCCGGAGGAACAGCGAACUGUGUCUGGUCGUGCUGGUAUUCAUCUCCCUGACGGUCAUCUGCUUUGGAGCUGUGUUCUAUUUACCUGAGUUCAAGGCGACCUACGGUGGUACCAUCAACAAUGUCUACAAGCACAUACAGAACGCAGGGCCCGAACUGUUGUUGCCAGCCCACGGAAACUCAAGGCACGAUGGAGUGCUGGAGGAUCCGCACGCCGCUUGGGACAAGCAAAUACUGUCCGCCAAAAUCGAUGAGGACUAUUCGGACAAACGCAAAGUAUUAGAAAGACCAGAUACAGGCAAUGCUAUCAAACGACAUAUUAUCAAUAACAGUAGUUUCAAUCCUGAAGCCGAAUCAAUCGUUGAACAAGUCCAAACCAGUCAAACUUAUGAAAAUUCUGAGUUGAGACAAAGGCGAAACAAAGUUAAAGAAAUGAUGAAACAUGGCUGGGAUAAUUAUGUUAAAUAUGCAUGGGGUAAAAAUGAAUUGAAGCCUGUGUCAAAACGAGAUCAUUCUGGAAGCGUAUUUGGAUCAGCAAAUAUGGGUGCAACUAUUGUCGAUUCAUUGGAUACAUUAUUAAUUAUGGGUUUACACGAUGAGUAUAAACUUGGAAGAGAUUGGGUGGCUAAUAAUUUUACUUUAGAAAAUGUGAAAAUAGAUAUAUCAGUUUUUGAAACAAAUAUUCGUUUUAUUGGCGGUUUUCUCACGUGUUAUGCUAUGACUGGUGAUACUGUUUUCCGUGAUAAAGCUGACUAUAUUGCAAAAAAAUUAUUACCCGCAUUUCAAACACCAACUGGAAUACCAUAUUCAUUAGUCAAUUUAAAAACAGGGAACAGCAAGAAUUAUUUAUGGGCAAGUGGUGGUAGUAGUAUACUAUCAGAAUUUGGUACUCUACAUUUGGAAUUUGUAUACUUGUCUGAUAUCACUGGCAAUGACAUUUAUAGACAAAAAGUUGAUCAUAUUAGACAGUUUGUAAGAAGUCUUGAUCGACCUAAUGGAUUAUAUCCGAAUUUCUUAAAUCCUAUUACUGGAAAAUGGGGACAACGCCAUGUAUCACUCGGAGGCCUUGGUGAUAGUUUUUAUGAAUAUUUGUUGAAAGCGUACAUACAAUCUAACGGUAAAGAUUUAAUAGCACGUGACAUGUUUGAUGAUGCCAUGGCAAGUGUGAUGGAUAACCUAGUUCAAACAUCUUCUACUGGACUAACAUAUUUAGCAGACAUGCGUUUUGAUAGACUUGAACAUAAAAUGGACCACUUAUCAUGUUUUGCCGGUGGAAUGUUUGCACUUGCUGGUGAAACUCUAGGUAGUGAUGCGUCUAAACACUAUACUGAUCUUGGAGCUAGUUUAACAGAAACGUGUCAUGUAGCUUAUGAUAAAACUGCUACAAAAUUGGGGCCUGAAGCUUUUAGAUUUACAGAUAAUUAUGAUGCAGUUGCAGUCCGUGGCACUGAAAAAUACAAUAUUCUUCGGCCUGAAACUGUUGAGUCAUAUUUUGUUUUAUGGCGAUUAACUCAUGACAAUAAAUACCGAGAAUGGGGAUGGGAGGCCGUGCAAGCUUUUGAAAAACACUGUAGAGUAUCGGGUGGAUACAGUGGAAUUAAAGAUGUUUACCAAAUAGAUUCAAGUAAAGAUGAUGUACAGCAGAGUUACUUUUUUGCUGAAACUCUCAAAUAUUUAUACCUAUUAUUCAGUGACGAUAAUCUAAUUCCAUUAGAUAAAUGGGUAUUCAAUUCAGAAGCUCAUCCACUUCCUGUAAAAGAACUCAAUACUCAAUAUAGAAUGCAUCAAAGAGUUGUAUAA